UUUUGAUUGUUGUACCUAGUUGUUGGUUGGUCCUGCGUGCAGCUUAUUUUUUAGAUACAAAUAAAAUAGAUUAUUAGUUUGUUUUGUAACUGGUUUUCUGUUAUAAAUUAAGGUUUUCCACGAAUUUAUUGCUCUUUAAGUCCAAAAUAUAUUGUGUUUCUUUAGUAAGGAUAUGAGAUACAUGAUUCGGUAAUGGGCACAUGUUGGUGCAAGGGAAAAGUCCGUGAUGACGGUGAGCAGUAUGCACCAGCGACAUCGGCAGCGUCCCAGGCCUCCCCGGCCGACAACCGGAUACGGGGACCCAAGUGUGUGGAUACACACGUCGUUGACCAACUCGUGCUGGAAAUGCUUGGACUUAUAGCCUCAUUUAUUGACAAUGACGAAGAGUCACCGGUAUCCCUGGUGAAGCUGCACUUCAUAGCAGACAAAGAGGAUGGCUGGAUCCAGGUGGUGUCGUCCAUGGUGAACGUGAUCCCUCUAGAGGAUCCCUUCGGGCCCUCAGCUAUCACUAUAAUGCUGGAUGACUGCCCACUGCCGUCCAAGGAAUCUGUGAUACGGUUAACGGAGCUGUUCGCCUUAUCCGCCGCACGCGCGUGCACGGGCGACGCGUGCGUGCGCGUGGAGCGCAACAUCUGCGUGGUGCUCGGCUGUCUGGCGGAGAAGCUCGCCGGCCCGAACAGCGUGGCCGUGCUCACGGAGCAGACGCUCGACUAUCUCGUCACGUUCUUGGUGACAAAGAACGAACCGUGCAUAGUAUUAUUCGCGCUGAUCGCACUCGAGAAGUUUGCUCAGACCACAGAAAACAAGCUGACAAUAAAGGACCGGUUGGAGAAACUCAAGGAGAAUCCUCUACUGGUGCUGGAGAAACAUGCCAACAGCGAACACUAUGUUUGGAGACAGGUGGGCUUCUGCGCUCAGUGGGCUUUGGACAACUUGUUCAUAGUAGAAGGCCGCAAGCUGUCCUACGAACAAGUGGACAUGACGGGCAUCAACGUGAUCCUGAACUGCCGCGACGUCAGCGAGUACCUCAAGAUAUCCUGCGACGGGCUCGAGGCCCGGGCCGACUCCUACUCGUUUGAGAGCGUUCGGUGCACCUUCCAGGUGGACGAAGGCUGCUGGUACUAUGAAUGUACAAUAAUAACACCAGGCGUCAUGCAGAUUGGAUGGGCGACAAAGAAUAGUCAUUUUCUAAAUUACGAAGGCUACGGCAUAGGCGACGACCUCUACUCGCUAUCCUACGACGGGUGUCGCAAGCUAAUCUGGCACGCGGCGCGCCCCGAGGCGGCGCGGGCGCGGGCGUGGGCGCCCGGAGACAUACUCGGCUGUCUCAUAGACCUGGACAGAGGGGAGCUGCUGUUCUCGCUCAAUGGGGACAUGUUGCCGCCGCAUAAUACCAUCUUCCAUACUACUAGGAAGGGUUUCUUCGCAGCGGCGAGCUUCAUGGCGUUCCAGCAGUGCCAGUUCAACUUCGGGCACAAGCCGUUCAAGUACCCCCCCACGGAUAGAGCCUUCUCCAGCUUCAAUGACCAUGGCUCGCUGAGUGACGAGGAGAAACGGGUGAUACCGCGUCGGCUGUACCUGCAACAGCUCCGGUGUUCCAGCGUGCGCGACGACUCCUGCACUCUCUGCUUCGACGACACCGCGUGUUGCGUGCUCGAGCCCUGCCAACACAGGGGUUUCUGCUCAGUGUGCACGUCGCAACUCAAGGAAUGCCCGAUGUGCCGUGCGCCGAUAGUCAACGUGAGGAGAGAAGAGGUCGAGGACACAUGACGAGAUGGCGUCACCGCCGCUGCCGAGUGAGCGUCACGCGAUCAGGGCUUGAAACUGUGGUUUUGUUGAAAAAAUAUAGGCCUGGGUUAAGAGACCAAAACAAAUGAUGAAAAUGACGGAUAUUUUUGACGUACGUAACUUUUUUUGUUUAUUUUUCUUUUGUUUAGUCAGGUUUCUGGCAGUCAAUUGAGUUUUGAUUGAUUUGUUGUUGACUAGAAGUUUCCGGAAUCGUAUAUGAUUGCACAAUAAAAUUUAAUAAUUAUAAUUUCAAUUCGGUAAAUUCAUAAAAUUUUAUAGAAAGCUGAGUGUAAACGUAU